CAUAUAUGCAGGGUAGUGUUAAAUUUGCAGCAAUACUUUCUUGUAUAAGAUAUACAGUAGCAAUGAGGGUGCUAACCGCAGCAUCAAGAAGUGUGGAUGAGGAAUAUUUGAAGGAGGUAGAAAGGGCUCGUCGCCAUCUUCGUGCGCUCAUAUCUAACAACAGAUGUGCCCCCAUCAUGCUUCGCUUGGCGUGGCACGAUGCAGGCACUUACGAUGCGAAAACGAGGACAGGAGGCCCAAAUGGCUCUAUCAGGACUGAGCAAGAGAUUAAGCAUGCCGCUAACACUGGUUUGCAAAUUGCAAUUCAACUAUGUGAAGAGAUAAAGGCCAAGAAUCCGAGGAUCACAUAUGCUGAUCUUUACCAGCUAGCUGGGGUUGUUGCCGUUGAGGUCACAGGAGGCCCUUCCAUUAAUUUUGUUCCCGGCAGAAAGGAUUCACUGAAUUCUCCAGAAGAAGGACGCCUUCCUGAUGCAAAACGAGGAUCAUCGCAUUUAAGGGACAUCUUUUAUCGAAUGGGCUUAUCAGAUAAAGAUAUUGUGGCAUUGUCAGGAGGGCAUACGUUGGGAAAAGCACAUGCUGAUAGAUCAGGCUUUGAUGGAGCUUGGACAAAGGAGCCACUAAAAUUUGAUAACUCGUAUUUUGUGGAGCUACUGUACGGUGACUCAAAUGGAUUAUUGAAACUUCCAACUGACAAAUCUCUACUCGAGGACACUCAGUUCCGUCGUUAUGUUGAAUUAUAUGCACAUGAUGAGGAGAAAUUUUUUGAAGACUAUGCUGAAUCACAUAAGAAACUGUCAGAGCUUGGAUUUUCUCCGCCCCCUUCAUCUUGUUCCCGAACAACAAACAUAAAAUAUACAGUUGUCGCUGUUGUUGCUGCUGCAUUUGUAGUGUUCCUAAAUUAUAAUGAAAUUUAUGGGGGAGAUGAGUAAACAAAAUAUUAACAGCAUCAUUAUAAUACAUUCAAGAAA